GGUCAUAUAAUCCUGGUGUUGUUGUGUCGCAGCGGUCAGUCAUGAUGUGUCGCGCGUUGCUCGCGGUGUUUCUGGCGCUCGUAAGCGCUCGGUAUUGUGAUUCGGUGUCGGUUCCUCCGCAUGAGGAGGUGGCUCGGAUGGCUCGGUUCGUGGUCCACAAGUGUGACUGGGCUUCGAUGGCGACGAUCUCCACCCAUGACCCCGUGAAGGGACAGCCGUUCUCCAACGUGUUCUCCAUCAGCGACGGCCCCGUGGGCAACGGAACCGGGACCCCGUACAUGUACCUGACCCACAUGGAGAUCUCCGUGCAGGACCUGCAGGUGAAUCCGCUGGCGUCUCUCUCCGUGUCUCUGGCUCAGACUCACUACUGUAAGAACCACGGCUUCGACCCGCAGAGUCCUCUGUGUGCUCACAUCAUCCUCUCAGGCUCCGUGAUCCAGGUGCCGGACAGCGAGGUGUGUGUGGCUAAAACUGCUCUGUUCGACAGACACCCUGAGAUGGUGGACUGGCCCACGGACCACAGCUGGUUCUUCGCCCGCUUCAACAUCUCUCAGGUGUGGGUGCUCGAUUACUUCGGCGGAGUGAAGACCGUGAGUCCCGAGGAAUAUUACAGAGCCGCUCCGUCACGCAAACACUCGGGAAGUGACACGCGGUAAACUUGAACUGGAUUAGAUCAUUUCCGAAGAGACUCGGAUUAAUGAAUGACUCUCAGGUUGAUGCUGUUUGAAUCUUUCAGCUGUGUGUGUGUGCAUCUGUGUGUGUGUGUGUGUGCAGUGCAGUGUAGUGUGUGUGUGAGUCUGUGAGUGUGUGUGUGCAGUGCAGUGUAGUGUG